AUAUUUCUUGGUGUAUCUAUAUUUUUCAUUCUGAAAGAAAGAAAGAAAGCAAAAACAAACAAACAACCACAAUAAAAUUAAAAGUGAAUGUCAUUCAAAGGCAUAUUCUAUAUCCAAUUGUUUAUAUUUAUCUAUUUAUAUACAUUUAUGCUUCAUGGUGUUGAAUGUCAAUUUCCAGCUGUCUGUGCAACGAAUCUGACUAGUCGUCUUCCAGCUGUGUGUUGUCCAACACCACCGAAUUCAUCUCUUCCUUGUGGUGGUCCAGGCAGAGGUUUAUGUCGAGAAAUCAGUGCUUUUCCUGAAGAUCUUGACUUAGCACAAUUAGACAGUAAAUUUCUGCAAGAUGAUCGUUUAGCCUGGCCAACUCGAUUCUUUGAAGCAGCUUGUGCUUGUCAGGGUAAUUUUCAAGGUUAUGCAUGUCAUCGUUGUAAAGACGGUUGGACUGGUGUCAACUGUCGUACACGCAGACCUUUACGUAUACGUCGUAAUGUUCUACAAAUGUCUAUCUCAGAACAAAGAAAAUUUCGUGAUCGUAUAGCCUUAGCUAAGCUGACACCAAUGACUGAAUGGUUAGUAAUCAAUAUCAGUGAUAGUUCAAAUGGUGAUCCAGUGGGAUCAGAAAAUUUACAGUUGAUACAACCACCGUCUAUUUAUGAUUAUUUUGUGUUUAUCCAUUUAUAUGCAUCAAGAAGUAGUUUGGUUGACGAGGAGACAAAUGGUCCUUGGUGUAAUCCAAAUGAGCAUAGGUUAGAUUUUGCGCAUAAAGGACCUGCAUUUAUCACUUGGCAUAGAGCAUAUUUAUUAUUUUGGGAAAAUGAACUUGCUCGUCUAGGUAGAGGGAACAAGAAUAAUUCCACUGGUCAAGGAGAUGAUGAUGGUGAUGACUUUACAUUGCCUUAUUGGGAUUGGACUUCAGCGAAUGGUUGUCCAAUAUGUACAAAUGAUUUAAUUGGAGCACCUGAUUCGAAUUCGACGACAGGAAGUUUAGAUCCCAAUAGUGUUUUUUCUCAGUGGAUCACAUAUUGUCCACAACGUUCUGGAAUAAAUGAUUGUCAUGUUUGUGAUCCAGGUAUAUUAUGGUCGGACAAUCCUAAUCACCCUAUGGCUGGUGGUCCUUUAUGGAGACUUAAAAGUGAUGCUACAAGCUUUCCUUCAAUGUUCAAUCGUUUGCCGAAUCAAAAUGAUGUACUAAGAACACUGGAGACACCAGAUUAUGAUGCAUGGCCGUAUAGAACUGCUGCUGGAAGACGUAGUUUCCGUGAUGUAUUAGAAGGAUUCACUGAUCCAAAAAUUACACCAGAUACCUCUGAUAUUGUUGAUAAUAAUCAGAAUGUUGUAAACGUGAUUGCCGAUAAAACAAAUCAAACAAAUGACACAGUUCCGUUGAGUCAAAUCAAUGCAAUUACUAAUCAAGUAUAUAUGCACAAUCUGGGGAUGGAUGCAAUUAAGCUACAUACUUCUGGAGAAUAUGGAAUGAAGUUCCCGUUAAGGAUAUCAAAAAAGACUAAAAUUAUUGGAUGUCAUAUUUCUGGUGUAACAUGA